GAUGGAAACCUGUAUGUGGUCGGUCGAGUCAAGGUGCGCACCGCGUGGCUGAGAUGUCAGCCGUGAUGCAGCCAAGAGUCUCGGAUGUAGGAGCUCAUCCCGACGUGGCGUGGCUUCAACGUCGCCCCGCGCGACAUCGAAGAGGUGCUGUUCCGGCACGCGGCGGUCGGUCAGGCCGCCGUGAUCGGCAGCGCGCACCCGGGCGGCACUGGUGAUAUGGUAGUUGCUUGGGUGACGCCAAAGGCGGGCGCAAGCGUCGGGCGGAGCGAGCUCGAGGCGCACUGCGUCGCUGCGGGUAUGCCGGCGUGGCAGCUCCCUGACCUCUUCCAGGUGUCGGAGAAGCCGCUCCCGCUGGUGGGUGGCAAGAUCGCGAAGCAAGUGCUCCAAGCGCCUACGUUUGUGCUGCGCAAUUUGCGCGAGAGCAUCGAGGCGGUGCAGACACGCAACAGCGAGGAUUGGGUGGCCCUGGCACGGGAGGUGUUUGAGCGGGUGGACGGCGACAGCACUGGGACGCUCGAGAGGGACGAGGUGGAGGCGGUGUUUGGGGACGAGGCCGCGGCGGUGUGGGACUACUUCGAACGGCCCGACGAUGCCGACGACGUCGUGGACCAAUUCGAGUGGGUAGCGGGGCUGACCAAGAUGGAGCCGGGCGGGCGCAUCGCUUGGCUGACGCAAGCCAGCUCCGUGCUAGCGCAGUACGAGCGGAGAGGGCUCAUCGGAGCAAAGUAGGGGCGGCGGGGUGCGUCGGGCGAGCGCGAGGGCAGGCGGCGCAAGUCAGGGGGCAGGCGGGGCAGGUGGCAAGGCCGGCAGCAUUGCUGGCAGCUCGAGCCGGCGGCGGGGCUGCGUGGCGAGAGGCAGGCGAGUGAUGUAAUCGUGUCUGUCGUCCUUGCGUUUUCUUUCCGACGAGAGAUCGGGAGAUGCGUUUUGACUUGUCUACCAACAGCCGCAUCUGGCC